AUGAGCUCAAGGUUGCUCAACGCUGCCAUUGUCAUCGACAAUGGUAGUGGGUCGAUAAGAGCUGGGUUUGCAGGUCAAGAUUUCCCCAAAUGCUAUUUCCCAUCAUUUGUCGGUCGACCGAAGCAUUCCCGAGUUCUCGCCGGCGCGCUGGAAGGUGAUGUGUUCAUUGGACCCAAAGCUCAGGAGUUCAGGGGACUGUUGAAGAUCAACUAUCCAUUGGAGCACGGCAUAGUCACAGACUGGGACGACAUGGAAAGGAUAUGGCAAUAUGUAUACGAGGAACUGAAACCUCCAACGGAGGAUCACCCUGUCCUCCUCACCGAACCUCCACUCAAUCCGCGCUCGAACCGCGAGACGGCCGCACAGAUCCUUUUUGAGACCUUCAACGUACCCGCCCUCUACACAUCCAUACAGGCUGUCCUGUCCCUCUACGCUUCUGGCAAGACCACAGGCAUAGUACUCGAUGCAGGGGACGGCGUGUCGCACGCCGUGCCGGUGUACGAGGGAUUCGCCAUCCCCAACAGUGUACGUAGGAUAGAUGUUGCAGGACGAGACGUGACGGAGUACCUUCAAACCUUGCUGCGCAAGAGUGGAUACGUCUUUCACACCAGUGCGGAGAAGGAGGUGGUGAAACAGAUCAAGGAGAAAUGCGGAUACGUCGCAAUAAACCCAGAAAGAGAGGAAAAGGAAUGGACAGCAAGCUCGUCCAGGUCUGAUCCAAAGAGCAUGGAGUAUUCAUUACCUGAUGGGAAUAAGCUCAAGAUUGGUGCUGAGCGGUUCCGCGCCCCGGAGAUACUUUUCAAUCCUGAGCUUAUUGGAACUGAGUACCACGGCGUACACCAAAUUGUGGUCGAGUCAAUCACACGCUGCGACAUGGAUCUUCGGAAGUCUCUUUACAGCAGCAUAGUGCUGUCAGGAGGGUCCACGCUCACCAAAGGCUUUGGUGACAGGCUUCUGAGUGAGGUACAACGGCUAGCACCCAAGGACACACGCAUCAAAAUCUUCGCACCCCCAGAGCGAAUAUACACCACCUGGGCCGGAGGCAGUAUUCUAGCGGGUCUGAGUACAUUCAAAAAGAUGUGGGUAGAGAAAGACGAAUGGCAAGAGAAUCCAGACAUCAUCCAUACCAAAUUCGCCUAG